AUCGUGCAUUUGUCCUGAGCUUUCAACCAUAUCCAGGACCAACGAGAGCUACAAUUUUUCUUUUGAUUACAUGGCAAACGUGAGCACACACGUAACAUCUCACUCACACAUGUGAAUGCGUCCCCUAACACAUGCUCAAACCAACGGUAUAUUAUUGAUUUCAUUAAAGUCCUGUUGAAAACCUACGCGUCCCCUAACACAUGCUCUAAAAACAGAAACCAACGACAUACUACUGAAAUUAUUAAAGUCUUGUUGAAAGUUCACCUGUAUGUGCGUAAUAGUCGUGGGCACCAAUAUUUAAGCUCACCUACAUGUGCGUAAUAUUUACAGCCACCAGGAUUUAAACUACAGUAGGUGAAGUCAUACACCCAUAAUUCCGUCAGCACAUCACCGAUGCUUCCCCAACGAGAGCUACAUUUUCGUCUUUAUUGUCUGAAUUUAGUUUUUUUUUUGAAAUAAAUCUCGUUUCAAAGAAAAAAAAAAUACAAACAUUGUACAUCACAAACAAUUUCCCUUUCAGUGUAGAUUUGUUCCCAUUCCCCACGAACGGAUCGAGGUGAGUUAGAGUACACUCGUUCAGAAAUGGAGCUCUCGUCGUCGCUUGCUGCCGUGUUGCACUCACCUCUCUUCCUCCUCGCCGCGCUCCUGCUCCUUCCCGUGUUCACCUUGCUGAGCUUCUCGUCGGCGAAGAAGCCAGGCGAUGGCGGCGGCUGGCGGCUGCCGCUUCCUCCGUCGCCGCGGGGCGUCCCGUUUCUGGGGCACCUACCGCUUCUUGGCUCCUUGCCGCACCGGAAGCUCCGGUCGAUGGCCGAGGCGCACGGGCCGGUGAUGCUGCUCUGGUUCGGCCGCGUGCCCACCGUCGUGGCGUCGUCGGCGGCCUCGGCGCAGGAGGCCAUGAGGGCCCGCGACGCGGCGUUCGCGAGCCGCGCCAGGGUGCGCAUGGCGGAGCGGCUCAUCUAUGGGCGUGACAUGGUGUUCGCGCCAUACGGCGAGUUCUGGCGCCAGGCGCGCCGCGUCAGCGUGCUCCACCUCCUCAGCCCGCGCCGCAUCGCCUCCUUCCGCGGCGUCAGGGAGCAGGAGGUCGCCGCGCUCCUCGACCGCGUCCGGCGCCGCUGCGGCGUUCGCGGUGGCGGCGAGACCGUGAACCUGAGCGACCUGCUCAUGUCCUACGCCAACGGCGUCAUCUCGCGCGCCGCGUUCGGCGACGGCGCGUAUGGCCUCGACGGCGACGAGGGCGGCGAGAAGCUGAGGGAGCUGUUCGCCAACUUCGAGGCGCUUCUCGGGACGGCGACGGUGGGGGAGUUCGUGCCGUGGCUGGCGUGGGUGGACAAGCUGAUGGGCCUCGACGCCAAGGCGGCGCGCAUAUCGGCGGAGCUCGACGGCUUGCUGGAGCGUGUCAUCGCGGACCACCGCGAGCGCCGCCGCCUCAGCCAGCCGGACGGCGGCGACGGCGACGGCGACGGCGAUGAGAACGUUGAUCACCGGGACUUCGUGGACGUGCUGCUGGACGUGAGCGAGGUGGAGGAGGGCGCCGGCGCCGGAGAAGUGCUGCUGUUCGACACUGUCGCCAUCAAGGCCAUUAUCCUGGACAUGAUAGCGGCCGCCACAGACACCACCUUCACGACCUUGGAAUGGGCCAUGGCGGAGCUCAUCAACCACCCUCCCGUCAUGCGCAAGCUGCAGUGCGAGAUCCGCGCGGCCGUCGGCGUCCCCGGCGCCUCCGGCGGCGCCGAAGUCACCGAGGACCACCUCGGCGAGCUCCGGCUCCUCAGGGCCGUGGUCAAGGAGACGCUCCGGCUGCACGCGCCGGUGCCGCUGCUCGUGCCCCGCGAGACGGUGGAGGACACGGAGCUGCUGGGCUACCGCGUCCCGGCGCGGACGCGGGUGAUCAUCAACGUGUGGGCUAUCGGCCGCGACGCGGCGGCGUGGGGCGACCGCGCGGAGGAGUUCGUGCCGGAGCGGUGGCUCGACGGCGGCGGCGAGGAGGUGGAGUACGCGGCGCAGCUGGGGCAGGACUUCAGGUUCGUGCCGUUCGGCGCCGGGAGGAGGGGGUGCCCCGGCGCCGGGUUCGCCGCGCCGAGCAUCGAGCUGGCGCUCACCAACCUGCUGUACCACUUCGACUGGGAGCUACCGCCACAUGCCGACGGAGCGGCGGCGGCGACGGCGGCGAGGCUGGACAUGGGUGAGCUGUUUGGGCUGUCCAUGCGAAUGAAGACGACGCUGAAUCUAGUCGCAAAGCCAUGGUCUUCCGAUGUUUGAUGUGUUCAGUAUGAAAGCUGCUAGGCAGGCUAGCUACCAUCUGUGCCUAUUGCAACAUAUAAUUUGUGUAGCGAGGGUCAUCUAUAUUUAAGGGGUAAGUGCAUGUGCACCUACACGUGCUUCACCGUUAGAUUUGCUUUGACAUUAGUGUAUACUUUUUAUAUUUUAGUUAAGCACAAUAUAUAUUAUGUUCUCGGUAUAACAUGAAUUCAUAAUAUCAGUAAAGCAUUUAAUGGCUUAGUACGUA